AUGACAAGCUCCCGGUCUUCUAUGAGAAUAAAUCUGGAAAACGGCCAGAAUAGUCCUAGAUCUCCGUCUCGGUUGUCGGUGAAACAUAAUCUUGCUGGUCAUAGCCGAACACUAAGCUUGGAGUCUAUAAGUGGAGCUUUGAAUAGAAAUGCCAAGCUGCCAGCAACCAUCACAGUCAAUGUAGCGGUUCGUGUGAGGCCUCCAGUUGGUGCAUCUAAAGUUAUUGAACCUGACUAUUCCCCGUCUCCGAAAAAUGUCGCAUCGGUGGUAGACUCAAUAAGCCCAACAAGCAUUUCGGUUUCAACCAACAUAGCUGGUGGUAUCCAGGCUGGUCCUGUUAGUGGCAGCAAAAAGUUCAUAUUUGAUCGAGUAUUUGAUGAGGCUACUCCUCAGAUUGGGAUAUUUGAACAUGUAAAAGAUUCAAUUCCUUCUCUAAUCAAAGGGUACAAUGUUUCAAUCAUGGCAUACGGCCAGUCUGGUUCAGGUAAGAGCUAUACUAUGGGAACUUCAGAUAAUCAGGAUGACGAAGCAACAAUGGGUAUCAUCAGCAGAGCAUCUAAAGAGCUAUUUGACGAGUUGAAUAUAUUGAAGAGAAGUGAACAGACGGCCGCUUUGCCGAGCCAGACACUUUCAAUAAAUAACACCGCAAUUGUUGAUGCAAAGUCAGAUACGAUCAACAACACCGCGAAUACAUCUGUCCACUCUAGUAGUGACUCGCCGUGGGCAGUGGCUGUAAGCUACCUUGAAAUUUAUAACGAACAGUUCAGGGACUUACUAAAUGCCUCAACUACACCGUCCAACAUUUCCGUUCGCGAAGAUAUUAAAGGGAAUAUCAUAGUUCAUGGUCUGCGCCAGGUCCUGGUUGAUAGUGCAGAUGAGAUUCUUCAAAAGCUCAAUCAAGGGUCAUCAGUACGACAAACUAAUUCCACCGCCAUAAACUCUCAAUCGUCACGGUCUCAUGCUAUAUUCUCAAUUCAUCUUACACAAAAGCAAGUUAAUCCUGAUACCGGGAUCAUUACAACAAUCACCAGCAAAUUGAAUUUGGUCGACCUGGCUGGCAGUGAGCGACUGAAGAAUACAAAGGCUACCGAUGGAAGGGUCAAAGAAGGAAUAUCCAUUAACUCCGGAUUGACAAGCCUUGGUAAAGUAAUAUCACAACUGUCUCUUAACCCCAACGAUCAUAUCUCGUAUCGUGAUUCAAAAUUGACAAGAGUGCUACAGGAUUCAUUGGGCGGCAAGGCACUUACGUACUUGAUAGCUUGUAUUACGACUGAAAGUAUCUAUUUGAAUGAGACUAUUGGCACACUGACCUAUGCACAGAGAGCUCGGUCAAUACAGGUGACACCGGAGAUUCAGGCGUCUCAAAGUAAAGAUGAUCUAUUGUUAACUAUCGAAAAUCUUCGAAAAGAGGUUUCCUAUUGGAAAAAUCGAGUUGAACCUUCAUCUCCAAAUUUAGGCUAUCGAUCACCGUCACCGCUGACGAGAUCUAUGUUUUCAUAUAGAACAUCGUCUCCAUCUUUUGACGGCGGUCCUAUUACAACCCCUACAACUGUUAAAGAAGGUAACCCCAGUUCCUUCAAAUUUCCUCCCAUCAGUUCGCCACCUCCGGUAUCCAGCAUAGCAUCCAGUAACUUGUCAACACCUAAUCUAUCCAGUUUUUCUACACCAUUCCUUCCAUCUACCAGCAGCAUUUCACUUAUUCCCAAGUACUCACUUCGGUCAGGAACACCACGAAUGGAAAAACGAGCACAGUCUGAAGCCUUGACCGAGAAUGAGCUAUCGAGCCCCUCUUCUCUCAUGCAUAGCCCGCAAAUCUAUCAGAAAGAACGUCUACAAAGGUCUGAAGAACUCCAACACAAUGUAAAUACCGUUAUCGAAGAUUAUGAAAAGACCAUUGCGUCACUUCAAAACUCGCUCUCUGAGUCGCGCAAGCAAAAUGAGAUAUUAACAUUAGAGAAAGAUCAACUAUCAGCAGUAAAUGACGAAUUGAACCGAUACACUGUGCUUCUUGAAAAUAAAUUACAAGCUCAAUCAGGUACACUGGAAGAAUAUGAACAAAAAUUGGCGCAGGUAGCCGAGAUACAAAAAGCUUCAUCAUCGUCAGAAUCGUCAGCAGAUGUGCCUAGUCUUGAGGGUCAAAUGACGAACAUGAUAGCUCCAGUAGCACUCGUGAGGUCACUAGAAACACAAAUCACUGAGCUCAAGUCUGAACUAGAGAACCGUCGUAGAGAUCACAAACAUCAUCUGGCAGAAUCCCAAUACCUGACUAUGCAAUAUAAUAAUGCCCGUAACGAAGUCACGCAACUAAUUAACGAACUCCAAUCAUUACGAACUAAACAAGACCAAGUUCCACCUCAAUUAACUAAAGAAAUAGCAUUCAAUAGUGCAGCAAUUACCUCACUCAGCGAUAUCUCUGAUACGAGCUUGGAAGAGCCCAAGACGCCACCCCACACUAGCUCGUCGCCUGAAUUGCCUUACGACUCACCAUCCUCCCUAAGAACCCCACUAUCGAAGCGUAACCGACUUCCAGCUGGGUCGCUAGCUUUUUUCUGA